UGAAGUAUAUAAACAAUCAGUAACACGUCGUAUAUGGUACUCAACCUACACUCCUACUUGUGACUGAAUAGUGUACGUCCCUGUUGUGGCAAACCAUCUUGUAUUUUCGAGGUUGUUUCUGCCAUGGACAGACCCAAUGGCUAGACAUAUUUCUCUCUAGCUUUGAGAUUAUAUCGUGUUUACGGACCGUACUACAAUGGGCUAGAUUCCAUUGAUGUGAGUUGUUCAAAAACAUAUCCGACCAAGGGGGACAACUUAUGUAAAAAUACGGAAAUAUUAACAGGAAAACGAGAAGUAAAAUGUAAAUAAAGAAAAAGUGAAUGGUCGGUAUUUCGUGAAAUAAUGCAUUCUGACAACAAACAGUGAUGAAGAAAACAGCAGGCAUAUGUUCUUCAUCUUUUAGAUUUUGUGGGAUGGAUUCUUCUGGAAGGAAAAACAACAAUUAACUCUGGAACAUCACGAUACAUGAGAUGGCAGAUCGGGAGGAGCAUUAUGAGAAAUCCUGGAUUCUUCACCACAUCAUGGACAGGAUGAUAGGGAGUCGAAAGUUGGUGGACAUCCGAAGGAAGUUAAUGAUUAUGGUUGAGUAUCUAUGUAAGGAAAAUAGUGUGACAAACAGAGUUAACACGGGAAGUUUAUCUGAGGGUUUCGGUCCGAUGCCUGGCUCCGACACAGACAUGAUGAUAGUUAACAACACAGUGAGGGUUAUGUGCUCGAAUCAGGAUAUCUAUCCCCUGUCACCACAGGACAGAGACAGGACUCUUUUUAUUAUGAGGAAAGCUGCCUCUCGGCCAUGUUAUGUAAAAUUGGAACAGCUUCAAACUCAUCGACUAUGCCUAGAAAUGAUAGUGGAAUCCAUUGUCCCUGAGGGGGGUUCGCAUUUUAUAUCCAGUGAGAUUUUUGCAAAGAAGAAUCGAGAUAUGUGGUCUACUGGGUUGGACACUAAUAUGACAACUAGUGGACCAGCAGCUACUAUUAAGGCCAAGGGCAUUAUUGACACGGAUUUUGUUUCGUGCUUUAAAUGUGAUAGUUUGCCACAAGUCGCAAACGAGUGGUUGAAUAGACCCCGUCAUUAUGGAUGGCCAGACAAAGCUUUGAUUUAUGAUAUUUCACAAAAUGGUUGUCAUGUUGUUCCUGUAGGAGAUAAAACGUCUGCUGAUACAUGUCUAUGGAGGAUAUCAUUUGCGACUGCCGAAAGGAAACUUGUUCAUUCUCUCAGCCAUGAACAGUUUUUAACGUAUGGACUUCUCAAGUACUUUCUUAAACAAAUAUCUGAAAGGUUGAAAGAUGUUAUCGGUGAUACAGAUAUUCUUUCAUCGUAUAUUAUGAAAACGGUUGUAUUCUUUGUAGUAGAAAAUACUCCCCCUUUGUUUUGGAAAUCCGAGAAUACAUUUCCACGUUUCAUGUUGUGUUUGAAGAUACUGAUUGCGUGGAUUAAUGCUGGAUACUGCCCGAAUUACUUCAUUAUAGGGAACAAUAUGUUUCAGGGGAAACUUAACGGUAGAAACAAACAAAAACUCGUUCGCUAUCUAAUGGAGCUGUAUCAUAUGAACUGGGGGUGUCUUUCAGUUGGAACAUUCAUACAGCCAGCUAUUGGAGAACACAUUGAAAAUAUUAUGAAGGGAGAGUGGAAAGGGUUACUACCUCCUCCUCCACAAGAAGUAGAAUCUGACAGCGAUAUGGAGGUAUUUACACGGAUGCCAAAAAAUACCAAACAAAUAUGUAGGCUCUUGGCCCUGCUAUCUAAAUCACAGCCUGACUUGGAUGAGUUCAUUGCCUACCGCCAAACAGUUGUGUCACUGUCGUGUAAAGGGACGGACACAUUCAGGGAAUACAUUACUCGAAAAGGGAAUAAAGAAAAAUACAAGUCCAUACGGAAGUGCAAGACCUUCAUGAAGCCGCUCGCAGCACUCAGCACAAGUCCAGGACAGUUGAUUUUGGCAACUUAUUACUACCAGACUGGCAAUUACAUGAAAUCGGUUCAGUUGUGUGAGAACAUUUUUUCGGCAUCUAAAGUAUAUGUUGGCAUUGGGUCCAAGUCAAUAGACAAAGAUAGGUACCGACAAAUAUGUUGUGGACGUGGAUAUACGCUACUACAAAAGUAUCAAAUGGCCAUCAUAUCAGACGUUAUAUUAAGAAGCAAUUAUGAUUUCUUUCCAUCCCAGUUACACGACGAGCUCACAAAAUGCAUUAAUGAAGUACCGAUUCCUCCACUCCCGUAUGCCAUAUUCCUUACCUUCCUGUGCUACCACGAACUUGGCGACACCAGGAGACGUGACUCAGCACUGGUUCACCUUCGGGCCGUGAAGUAUGAUAAAGAACAGGGAGGUGAUUUACACUGGAUAGUACACAACCUCCUCGGGAUUUGUUAUGAAAUGGUUGGGGACACACACAGAGCCCUUAGAGAAUAUAGUGAUUCUCUAGGUGGUGAGAGAUGUCUGCAGUAUAAAAACCCGUCUAUUGCGAGAAUUGAACGUUUACAAAACUCCCAAUAACAGCCACUGAAACAUCUGUGCGUAUUGCUUCUCAUGGCAUCUUUGCAAGACCCAAAAUAACUUUGAAUCCAAUACUCUUCAUAGAUGAAGGGUCUUAAGGUACUUUACAGAAAUUGUGAAUUUCAUGACCUUGGGGUCUCACGUUUGCCCUUGGUGAGAGGGUAAAACUUAACUAUGGUUUACAUGGUGAUAUGACAUUUUUACUGUCAUUUGUUUGGUGUCCAUUUGAAAUUCAUUCCUACCACGUUAACGUUACCAGCAUGGGAUGACUGUUUAAUGUUUUGCACAUGUUGGCACUUACUGAUCCCCGGGAGCUGAAGGGAGGGCCAAAAGGGUAAAAUUAACCGAAAUUUCAAAAACAUCCUCUGAUGACUUAAAUAAGGUAGAAUUAAAUAUUCUUUAGAAUUGAAGGCUAAAAUGCUUUACUAAAUUGUUGAAUUUCCUGACCCUGGCGUCUCACUUUUGCCCCGGAGAAGGCAAAUUUUACUUUUGUUUGAUUUAGUUUGGAUGUCUUGGUCAACAUUAUCAGCAUGGGAUUACAGAUUGAUGGUAUGCAUAUAUUGGCCCUGAAUGACCUCGAGGGGCUGAUCGGCGGGGCCAAAAAGGGUCAAAAUAACACUGUAAUACAGUGUAUUGCAGCAUAUCGUAGAGGACCGGUAAUUGCAAUUAUAAUUUUAUGUAGAUUGGUACACGUAUUAAUCUAGUUUUUUUCCCCAAGUGAUACAAAUCCGUCUACAUUGUAUUAAGUGGUAUAGGAGUUGACCACUGCCUUCUCUCCGAUUCUACCCCGAGAAGAUACUCUUAAUCUAGCAACAGCCUUUCUCAACCUCUUAUUACAUCUGAAUCAGUGGUGAAAAAUUGAUCAGCUGACUUAUUUACAGAAAUAAAGAAAUUGACAUUAUCAUCAGAACUAAUAUUACAUUUUUUUUAAGAUUUCGUUUUGUUCUGUGUCAAACAUUAGCCAAUAUUUUCGGGCCCGGCGUUAUAAAUGUUCCCUGCCCUGACUAUAAAAGUUCUAUUUUCGUAUGUUUUUUUAAUCCUCGUUGAUCGGUAAAUUUGUGAACGUUUGAAUAUGCUCAGUGUUUAAUAUCCGUUUACAUGUUUACUUAAUGUGAGGAUGUUAAAAUUUUCUAGUAACAGCUGGUCAAUAUGUUUGUUUAUUCUUUAUUCGAUAUCAAUUUAUUUCUUUUCUUGUUGACAUCAAGAAGAGUUUAUUUUAUGUUUUAUUCUAUUUCUUUAGAUUGUCGUCUGUCCGUAAACAAUCAUUUUUACCGAUAUUUAUCAUGGUAUUUUAUGCAUCUUUCUCAGAUUUCUUACGUAUGUUUAACACGAUCCCUAAUGGUGCAUCUUGAAUUUUGAGCCUGGUCAGAAAAAAAUGGCUUACAGGUGGCAAUUUUGAAUUCUGCCUGGUUGAAUAUUGUUACUGCUAUUUCUCAGAACGUAUUUAAUGGCAUUUCCAAUUUCAUAUAUAGGUUCCCCUUGGUCCUUAGUUAUGCUAUUCAAUUUGGAUACCGAUCUGGAAGAAUGGCUUAAAGGCUUAGAAUAAGAAAGUUAUUCUAUCUAUCUUAAAUUUUGUAUGUAAAUGUUAAUUUGACUUGGUGUCUAGUUGUGAUUGAUGAAUUUGGAUACCGAUUGAAAAAUAAAAUGGACGAUAUGCGGCCAUUUUGAAUUUUUUCAGUUGAAGUUUGUUAUUGCUAUACUGUUCAGAAAGUUUAUCAUCGAUUUUUUUUUUCAACAGCCGUUUGAGAGUUGAAAGUUGGUUUUGCUAUAGUGUCUUUAAAAAGUUUGUCGAACAUUUACAUUUGAUAGUGGAAGUUUAUCUAAAUUUCUGCAUAGAUCUUUCUCAAAUUUCAUUUUAAAAGGAAAGAGUGCCAACAUCUUCACCAGGAAAAAAUUUCACCGUUGCCAUCUUUAAAAUUUUUAUUAGUACAUUUUUGGACAAAUUAACAAAAGUGACCGUUUUAUAAAGCGAAAACGUUCCUUCCCUCCAUUCUCAGCAAUUGAUAUAUCUUCAAAUAUAACUUAAUACUUGCUUUGACGUAAUUUUGCCGCUAAUCUUUGUUUUUUUAUAUGUGAAUUUAUGCGGUUUUUGUUGUUGUUGUUUAUCUCAAUAAAUAAUACUUAAGUCCACCCACAGAGGUGAGCCCCAAUUGUUUGCCAUAAUUCUGUGUCAUUCACAAAUUUUUAUCAGUAUAUAAUGCAAAGCACGCAGCAUUUAAUGUAUACUGUGAAAAUGAUAUCUUAGAGAAGAGGAGCGAGUUUUCCUUGCCAAGGGACACAGAGCAAAAAGGUAACACUAUGCCCCCGACCACGAAAUGGUGGGACAUAAAAAAGUUAAAUCAUUACUUCUACAUAUUUUGUAUAUAAGGAAACAUUUAGUUUUAAUAAAGUCAUUAUGUAGACGGACAUUUUUUGUAUCUGUUUUAAACAGAAGAGUAAUUAAACUUUUGCGUAUUUGUGUUGAUAUAUAUGUAAUUCUUAACAGAAAAUAAAUCACUGUGUUUUUUA